GCUCUGCGCCUGCGCACGCACCGGGCGGGAGGACGCGGUGGCCUGGCGUGGGGGCGCGGCAGGGCGCAGGCGCAGGCGCAAUGUGUGUCCGCGUGUGGGGGAGGGAUGUGGGCGAGGCUACGGCCCCCAGUUUGUUUGGGCUGUGGGCGGUGCACAGUGCAGAGCCCGGGAAAAGCGGGAAAUGGCGGCGCCGAGCGCAGGGUCUUGGUCUACCUUCAAGCACAAGGAGCUGAUGGCCGCUGACAGGGGACGCAGGAUAUUGGGAGUGUGUGGCAUGCAUCCUCACCAUCAGGAAACUCUAAAAAAGAACCGAGUGGUGCUAGCCAAACAGCUGUUGUUGAGUGAACUGUUAGAACAUCUUCUGGAGAAGGACAUCAUCACCUUGGAAAUGAGAGAGCUCAUCCAGGCCAAAGUGGGCAGUUUCAGCCAGAACGUGGAACUCCUCAACUUGCUGCCUAAGAGGGGUCCCCAAGCUUUUGAUGCCUUCUGUGAAGCACUGAGGGAGACCAAGCAAGGCCACCUGGAGGAUAUGUUGCUCACCACCCUUUCCGGGCUUCAGCAUGUACUCCCACCGUUGAGCUGUGACCACGACUUGAGUCUCCCUUUCCCGGUGUGUGAGUCCUGUCCACUUCACAAGAAGGUCCGCCUGUCGACAGAUACUGUGGAACACUCCCUAGACAAUAAAGAUGGUCCUGUCUGCCUUCAGGUGAAGCCUUGCACUCCUGAAUUUUAUCAGACACACUUCCAGCUGGCUUAUAGGUUGCAGUCUCGGCCUCGUGGCCUAGCACUGGUGUUGAGCAAUGUGCACUUCACUGGAGAGAAAGAACUGGAAUUUCGCUCUGGAGGGGAUGUGGACCACAGUACUCUAGUCACCCUCUUCAAGCUUUUGGGCUAUGACGUCCAUGUUCUGCGUGACCAGACUGCACAGGAAAUGCAAGAGAAACUCCAGAAUUUUGCGCGGUUACCUGCACACCGAGUUACGGACUCCUGCAUCGUAGCACUCCUCUCGCAUGGUGUGGAGGGCGCCAUCUAUGGUGUGGACGGGAAACUGCUCCAGCUACAAGAGGUUUUUCGACUCUUUGACAACGCCAACUGCCCAAGCCUACAGAACAAACCGAAAAUGUUCUUCAUCCAGGCCUGCCGUGGAGAUGAGACUGAUCGCGGGGUUGACCAACAAGAUGGGAAGAACCACGCAGGAUCCCCUGGGUGCGAGGAGAGUGAUGCCGGUAAAGAAAAGCUGCCAAAGAUGAGACUGCCCACGCGCUCAGACAUGAUAUGCGGCUAUGCCUGCCUCAAAGGGACUGCCGCCAUGCGGAACACCAAACGAGGUUCCUGGUACAUCGAGGCCCUCGCUCAAGUGUUCUCUGAGCGGGCUUGUGAUAUGCACGUGGCCGACAUGCUGGUUAAGGUGAAUGCACUUAUCAAGGAUCGGGAAGGCUAUGCCCCUGGCACAGAGUUCCACCGGUGCAAGGAGAUGUCUGAAUACUGCAGCACUCUGUGCCGCCACCUCUACCUGUUCCCAGGACACCCUCCCACAUGAUGCCACCUCCCCAUCAUCCACGCCAGGUGGAAGCCACUGGACCACAGGAGGUGUGAUAGAGCCUUUGAUCUUCAGGAUGCACAGUUUCUGUUCUGCCCCCUCAGGGAUGUGGGAAUCUCCCAGACUUGUUUCCGGUGCCCAUCAUCUCUGCCUUUGAGUGUGGGACUCCAGGCCAGCUCCUCUUCUGUGAAGCCCUCUGCCUGUAGAGCCAGCCUUGAUCGGACCUAUUGCCAGGAAUGUUUCAGCUGCAGUUGAAGAGCCUGACAAGUGAAGUUGUAAACACAGUGUCAUUAUGGGGAGAGGGCAUAUAACUUCCCCAUAUUUGUGUUCAGUUCCAGCUUUUGUAGAUGGCACUUUAGUAAUUGCUUUUAUUACAUUAGUUAAGAUGUCUGAGAGAUCAUCUCCUAUCUUUUAUUUCAUUCAUAUCCCCCACCCUUUUUGUCCUAGAGUGAGAGUUUGGAAGGUGUCCACAUUUAAUGUAGACAUUAUCUUUUGGCUCUGAAGAGGCAAACAUGACUAGAGACACACUUUGCUGCAAUGUGACUAGAGACACACCUUGCUGCAGUGUGCAGAGGCGACCUGUGCGUUCCCUUCAGUACUGCAGGGCCCCCCAGUGGAAGGACACUGC